CUUUAUUUCCACUGCACCAAGCCGGGUUGUUUACUUGUCAGUCUCAAGUCUCACAAGACAGCGGAUCGACAAUCCCAUUUUCUUCUUCUUUUUUAAAUUGUUUGUCUAAUUAUUUGCUUUUUUCCUGUUUAAUUUUUUGGUUGAAUAUUAAAUUAAUACAUUUCGAAACGUCCCAGUAUUUAAUUCAAUUUUUGUGAUUUAUCGUUUGUAUUUGCAGCCUUUCCGUUUAUCGAAUAAGCGGAUGGAUGAUUUGGAAUGAUACUCAUCAUGGCACAGCUGACUCGCCUUCAAAUUGAAUCAACGCAAUACGCUGCACACCAGAGGAGAGAUUCAUCUUUGACGGCGAGAGUAAAGGCAACACCUGAUGCCGGCAGGUUCUCCUCUCUCGUUGGUUGGCGCGGGGCCAUCUGGCAGCCCCGCAACGGUGCGCGAUAGUACCCUCACCAGUCACCAGAAAAUCCAAUCAGCCGGAGUGUUCCAUCAUCGGCGCCUCAUAGACGAAUCUGGUGCCCCCACAACCAUGCGUCCUUUCCACAUUUUCUUCUUGGCUUGCGUGUGCUACGAAGCCGCAUCCACAAAUGCUGCGACACAUUUGUCCAAGGAGACGACAGGAAUAGGAGCGACCGAACCAAGAAGCUUCUUCCACAAUUUCCAUAUCAACUACCCUUAUCUAUGGAACACAUGGAGUCUGUUGCCGAACCGACCAAGAGGCCAGAAUGAAGAUCUCUCGAGCAGUCAGACCAACGUUAACAAUCUCGGUGCAGCCAGUAACGGACACUUGGGAAUCGGGCUAACCAUAGAUUACGGUAAACGCACAGAGGCCGGUCUCAGCCAAGCGGCCACGGACACGACCCAAGAAACCAUCAACGACACCGACGCUCCCAUCUCCGUGACAGAAACAGGCGCGGGCGCGGGCUUAGAAGCGCCUUCAAAAACCAGAGCUACCACCCCCGAGACACCGAGCAACCUCAACAAAUAUGCAACUCACCCGCCGCCCAUCAUCAUACUCGACGCUGCCACAUUUCUGGCGCUGAACCGCGAUCAGAUCCAAGCCCCUCAACCAACAGUGAACCUUCAUCAAACCGGCAGCGUCGCCGCCAGCGAGAAGAUCGAACACACCGAAUACCCGGAUCCGCAAGUGUUGUCGCUUCCCAGUUCACCAUUCGUCUCCGAGUCGCGAGUCAAUUUCUCGUCGGGGAACCUCGUUUUCCAGGUCGAGACCAAGAACUACUCCUCCGACAUAGGCCUGAGGACCGAAUCGAUCGCUAAACACCCCGAGAGCUCAGCUAACUUCGACAUCAUCGCAGCGCCCUCCAACGUGGCGGCGAAUUACACCCCCUCGGAGAAUACCUCAAAUACAAACGCGGUAAGCAACGUCUCGGUUUCAGAGAAUGACGUCACAGUGUCUUCAUCAACCACCAUAGUCCCCGCGCUUAAAGAUGACCUCGCCAAGGAGUCAGAAACCACCAGCAAAAACGAGACCGUAGUGGAGAAGGAUCUUUCUGCUGGAACCGAAGAAGGAAAGAAGAAGCCGUCUGUAUUGCCUACAUCAUCAACUACAUCCCCGAUUCCGACGUCCAAGACGUCGGGGCCACCGCUUCUGAUCCGGGCUCACUACUACCCGGUCUCCGGCAACUUCUGGUACCCGCACAACGGACCGUACCACUCCUACACAACGGAAUACGCGCCGCCACCACCGCAAGUGUACCAGGAGCCCCAGGUGUACCAGGAGCCGCAGGUGUACCAGAGCCCGCAGGUCUUCUUCACGAACGGCUACUCGGCGACGUCGCAGUACGACCGACCGGCGGAGCUCUACGGGCGGCCGCAGAAGCCGAUCUUCACGCCGGCCGCGGCAGCCCCGGCGGACGGCUACGGCGAGGCCUCCUUCUACGACUACAAGCCGGCGACGAAGCCGGUGUACCUGACCAAGGGCACGACCCCGUACCGGGGGGUGACCAUCUACCUCGAGUCGGAGCCGGAACCGACGACCCCGGUCCCGUCGACCGUGUUCUCGGCCAGCGAGGUGACGACCGAGAGGCCGAGCAUCAACUCCUGGUUCCGGCCCCCGCAGUUCAUCAGCAAUAUCAUCAGCGUCCUCCACAAGGAUAACGUCGGGAAACCCAGGGAUAAGGUCAAGCCUACGCCUGCGCCCAAGCCUCCCAGUCGAGCGCUUCAUUGAACGAUUUUCAGACUAAAGAGACCUAGGGUAUCUAUCAGUAUAGCUUGACGGUUCAAGCUAAGGAAGAACGCCGUAUAAGCCAUCAGCGGGCCGAUUAUUGAAAUUGAUAGACGAAACUAUAGAUAAAGAAGAUAAAAGGGAUAUUGAAGGAUCCUAUUGGUUGAAGCAUGUGGUAGCAACGGACAAAGAAGGUCAACGGUGCAAGUCAACAAUCACAUAAUUCGGUUUGCGACGUCGCAGACUUCCUAUCAUACUUUAUUUAUCAAACGGAAAA